UUGUGUUCCCACUACACCACGUGGGAGAGACACUCCCAGGAGCACAACAACUACCGGGUCUGCUGUCCUACACCUCCCCAAAUAAAGAGUCCUCCUCCAAACCGCAAGUUUUUUCACAUGAAGAGAUGUUCUCUUCAAAAGUGUCACCCUGUGAACGAGCAAUCAGUUAUCCUGGGUUCCUCCAACCCCUCCGGCAGUUUUUCUACCACAGAGUGGAGUUUAUCCCGAUCCUUGAUUCAAGUAACGACGUCGGGAGCUCAAAACCGUGGGAAACCCCGCUGGUUCAGUGGGCUGGGUCAAAACCACCCUCCUCCACCUUCAAGGCUGAGUCCCCGUGUACCAUCCACUCCAUGCAAACUUGGCAAAGUACCGAGCGUCAGCCCGGAGGACACAGAUUUACUCCUUCACGACUACAAGACCCUAAAGUUCUUCCUGUGUGCCACCAGAGGGCCCCCUCCAUCACAGCAGGAGAUGAAGGAGGAGGAAGAGGAGGAAGAGAUGUCCCCUCCAUCUCCCAUCUUCAACCGCCGUCCAACUACUCAACCAAACCUAACGUACAGGACUUAAAUUUGAGGAAAGCGAUGAGUUUUAGUUUAUCUGAAGGUGUAAAGGAGGAAAAGUCAGGUGGUGGUAGGCAACGUAGAAGAAAUGCCAUCACACUGGAGAGUACCUUUACCAGACGCAAACCGUCUUCUUUAAAAAGAAGAUUCUCCUCCUAUGUGCAAAAUAGCAGGGUUUCCAUCACAUUUAAACACAAAGUGGGACCUGUAGAUCCCAAUGCAAGAAGGGGCUCCUUUCUGGUGACGCCUGCCCCAAGAGUAAGCAAACCUCCUUUUCGUCCAGUACAAAAAAGCAGACUUUCUUUCUCUCAAACUUCCGGGCUAGCUCGGUUUACGGUAGAAGAAGACGGCGUUGAUAAAAUCAGGAAGACCGUUAAGCAGACAGUUUCCAUACGGAGAUGCAAGUCAGAAAUCUACGAUGAUGUUAUAGUUUCGACGAAGCUAGAGUUUGAUGGAGUAGACGAUACCACCCAGGAUACCAAGAUGGACUGUGAAGAAAGUGCUGAUGCGAUCACCGAGAUACGCCCUAUGGGGCGCAACCCCUUCAACCGUCAAGCGAGUGAUCCUAUCAAAAAGAUGAAAGUCACGGAAGACUCUUCGUGUAGACAGAGAUCUAUAAGUACAGUCACUAACCCUAGUCCUAGACCUAAUGCGAUGGAGAUGUCCUCAACAGACCCAGAACCGGUUCCCACUAUAGGAAGGAAGCAGAGGAGCAAGUCACUUUACGAGAUGUCCGACCAGAAACCCAGGGAAUACGAGCAGCUGAACAACUACAUUUUGAAAGAGGUGCUUGGUAACGGCUCCUAUGGGAUUGUGAAACACUGUACUGAUCAGUCAACAAAUGUGGACUACGCCAUCAAGAUCAUCAGCAAGAAACGUAUCAAAGCAAAAGCUGGAUUUUCAGGACGAUCAUUAAAAGGUCCCCCCAGAAGGCAGCCCCCAGGAAGGAAACCAAGCGCCAGCAGCAAUCCUCUCGACAAGAUCCACAUGGAGAUAGCCAUCCUGAAGAAGUGCGAACACGAUAACAUCGUGUGUAUGAAGGAAGUAAUAGAUGACACUCAGUCUCCGGAACAGAAUAUCUAUCUAGUCUUCGAACUCAUGUCCAACGGACAGGUGAUGGAGGAACCGAAUAUGGGAUCAAAAGCUCAAGUUAACCCCCUGCCAGAGCAAACAUGUAAACGAUUCUUCAGGCAUCUCCUCCUAGGACUCGAGUACUUGCACUAUCAAAAGAUUAUUCACCGAGACAUCAAGCCCUCUAAUUUACUGUUAGGAAGCAAUGGGGAACUUAAAAUAGCAGAUUUCGGAGUAUCCGAGAUAUUUGAAGGAGACAGAGCUGUUGUAAAGAACUCAGCCGGAUCCCCCGCAUUCCUCCCCCCAGAAGCUGUGGACCCCGACAUCACCAGUUUUGACGGCCAGUUACUGGAUAUCUGGGCCUGUGGGGUGACACUUUGGAUAUUCUGUUUCGGGAGGGUUCCGUUCAGGGGUGAUAGUAUCCUGAAGCUUCAUGAGAAUAUUAGAGAAGCAAAGUUAGUGUUUCCAGAGAGUGACAUGCUAAACGAUGAUCUAAAAGACCUCUUCCAGAGACUUAUGGCCAAGAAUGUAGAUGACCGCAUCAGCAUAGAGGAGGCAAAGUCCCACCCGUGGGUGACGGAUAACGGACAGAUAACGCUGAAAACCAGCGCUCAGAACUGUAACUUGGUGGAGGUUAGCGAUGCAGAGAUCGCCAACGCUGUCACCUGCAUCAAGUGGGGAACCAUGAUGAGAAUUUACAACAUCGCAAGGAACAGAUCAUUUAAACUCCGUUCUGACAGAAAAUCCCGCUCCCUUCCAAAAACACCCGCGGACAAUGUCCAGAACUCCAUGGGAGAGUUACAUAUAGAGGAACCCACAGUAACUUGAGGAUGAUCUUUCCUACUGUAAUUGAAACUAGGGAGAUGUCAGCCGUCUCACUGCUUGGAGAUAUCCAUCAAGAGAUGAAAACAAAGAAUUUGUGUCAGACCGGGGUUAUCUGAAGAUCUGAGGUGUGGCUUCUUCGUGUCGGUUGAAAAAUGAGGAUACGACACUAAAAUGACGUGGAUUGACUAGCUCCGGACACAUGUGCUGUGUUCCUGAGCUGAAUUUUUAUAUCAGUUAUGUUUCACUUUGUGUCAUUUCUUUUUGCUUUGACAAGAUAACUUUAGGACUGAGCGUGUUUAGCGUUUUGGCUUGACUAGAAAAAUUUUGUUGAGAGUUUGUUUUUGUUUUUAUGUAAAUAUGGGGCAGAUGAUCAUACUAGUACUACAAAUACAAAGUUGAAGACAA